AUGAUCAUUCAGAGCAAAAUCAGGUAUACCAAAGAUAUUGUAACAGAAGAUGAAAAUUUUAAUGUUGAUCAAUUUAUUCCAGAGCUCAGUAAGCAUAUCAACACCAAUGAUCCAUUUGUGAGACAAUUUUUGUUGAGUUGGAUUGUUAUUCUUGACUCAGUUCCUGAUAUUGAUUUACUUGAAUAUUUACCUCAUUUUCUUUCUGGAAUAUUUGAUAUGCUUAGUGAUCCCAAUAGAGAAAUUUUGGAUUUACAAAUUUUACAAUUCGACAAGAAAGUUCUGCCCUAUCACACAAAUUAUUGA